ACAGUAGUAUAUAGCUGAUUGUGUUAGUUGGGUACCUAGGAUAACUUUGUUGGACUUACAAACAAAUCGGACUUACGAACGCACUCUCGGAACUGAACUCGUUCAUAUGUAGGGGACUUACUGUAUAUCCACACACAUACAUACAUACAUACAUACAUAUACUUUUUCAGAUUCUUUUCCAUUAUAGGUUAUUACAAGAUAAAGUAAGCAAGAUUAGGAAUUGGGCUUUGGGCACAUUACAUUUGAGAAUAUAUUAACAGCCAACCAAGGUACUGAGUAAGCGGUUGGACAUUAAAUUUGGAGUUCAGUGGCGAGGUCAGGGCUGGAGAUGCAAACCUGGGAGUCAUCAGUUUAUUAAUAUAGUUUAAACCCAGAGCUCACCUAGAGAGUAAAUUAGAGAAGAGAUUCAAGGACAGCCCUUGGGCACGUCAAGGUUAAGAGGCUUGAGGAUAUGAAAAGGAUGCAGCAAAGAAGACCAAGAAAGCAACCUGUGAGUUGAACAUAAUGGCAGGCGAAGAAAUUAAUGAAGACUAUCCAGUAGAAAUUCAUGAAUAUUUAUCAACAUUUGAGAAUUCCAUUGGUGCUGUGGAUGAGAUGCUGAAGACCAUGAUGUCUGUUUCUAGAAAUGAGUUGUUGCAGAAGUUGGACCCACUUGAACAAGCAAAAGUGGAUUUAGUUUCUGCUUACACGUUGAAUUCAAUGUUUUGGGUUUAUUUGGCAACGCAGGGAGUUAAUCCUAAGGAACAUCCAGUAAAGCAGGAAUUGGAGAGAAUCAGAGUAUACAUGAACAGAGUCAAGGAAAUAACAGACAAGAAAAAGGCUGGCAAGCUAGACAGGGCUGCGGCUUCAAGAUUUGUAAAAAAUGCCCUAUGGGAACCAAAACCUAAAAAUGCAUCCAAAAUUGCCAAUAAAGGAAAAAGUAAAAGUUAACCUUUUGGUUUUGAUGUACACAUAUUCAAAAAGUACAUAAUUUUUAUUGUUUUCCACAAAAUAGAUGAUGAUUAUGUGCCAUUGUAAGGUUUAAAUGUAUUCCAUAUUGAAUUCGUGUGUAAAAUUUGCAUUUUAAAUUUGUAAUGCUAAAUACUUUUCCCCCAGAAAGAUUUAAGUUAUCCUUAUUGAUUUUCCUAUAGAACAUUAUGUGGUUUUUUUAACAUUGUGGUAUAUUUUAUAUUUAUAGUUUACUGUCUCUUGACAAGACUCUUAUUUCCUUAUAUAGGUCAAUUUUGCAAGUGCCAUUUUAUAAGCAACUAUGAAAUUUAAGUUAAAUGUUCUUUGCAAACAUUUGUGUAUUUUCGAUGAAUAAUGAUUUUAUGAAGUAUGCUGAAGUUUUAAAUACAUCUGUUUUCACUAUAUAAUAUUAGGAAAGAAAGAAAUGACUUAAAUGUCCAUUUUUUCUGUGAAGCUAUUUCAUUAUGCUUUCAUGAUUUUGGGAAUUACUGCUUUUUGUGAUAUUUGAAGUAUGAAAUUAAGACUUUUAAGGUUAUUCUUUAAUUCUUGGUACUUUGCCACUAUGUCCCAUUUAAAGUAAAAUAUAUUCUCAUUAACUUUAGAUGGGAAAUGAGGUUGUAUAUUGAUGGCUGAAUUUUGGCAUAAUGGCUGUACCCUAUCAGUAAAGCUGUAAGUGUUGUGUAGCUGACCUGUUUUUUAUUUUUCUCUUUUGAGUAAAUUUUCUCUUGAAAUUAGGAAGGUAGUUUUUAGAAAUCCUUAGGAAUGGGGGAAUUCACGAGUUUUUGUUCCUUAUGCAUAGUGCCCACAGUUCUCUUGGCCUCAUGUUUUCAGAGUUUUUUAUUGUAUGUUUCUGAGGCUAUAGCAAUUACAUAGAAGUAUUUUGGAACAACUUUGUAUGUUAUUUAAUGCCACUUAAGCAGAGGAGAAAUCCAAAGGAGAUUACAUUGUGUUUAUAUUCUGAUUUAUUUUUCUGCAGUAUUUGCUACAGAGAAUUCUAAAUAUUAAACGAUUUUUUUUAUGUCUAAGCCCAUGAAUUUUAAUUAUAUACCCUUAAUGCUUUCAGUCUUUGAAUUCACAUCAUUAUGUAUAGGAAUGCCAAGUACAGUAAAAUACUUUAAUUUUUGAAAAUGAAGUUGUUAAAAUUUUUUGUGUGACUAAUUCUCCAUAAGUAACCUUGAAUAAAUGGAUUUCUUGAUUUAUGGUAGCAGAUAUUGGAAAUGGUCUUAAAAUGUAAUGGAUUUUGUAACGCAUGUUGAACUCUUUCUGUGACACAUGAAGAGGUGGUCACUGAUAGAUGCAGAAAGACUUCUGGCUCAGAUGUCAGACGAUUUUUGAAGUGGAAGAACACUUAUAGUUAGUUCACUCCUUUUUUCACCUUCGGCUCCUCAAAAUUCAAAUUUUUUUUUUUUAAAGUAGCUUCUUCAUGAGAGAAAUAAAUGUUAUUAAGAUCAAA